UGGCUGAAAACUUGGGGAAAAAUGGAAAAAGUAACAGGCGUAAAGAGUUUAUCGGUGCAUCCGCUGGCGAGAUAAGGAACAACAGCGAUGGAUCUGCAUGUUUUCUCUCUGGAGUGGUUUUCUAACUGACAAUGGUGUCGACGGAGGGAAAAACGCAGAUUUUCUCGCAUUUCCAUUGAAAGUAAAUUUACUCAUGGAGAAAGGAGCAAGUCGGGAGUCAUGAGCACAGGUGUGAAGAAGCCUCCAUUAGCUCCCAAACCUAAACUCCCUGCCACCACCAAACCUUCUCCCCCGCCCAUCGCCCCCAAACCGGGCCUUCUCUCCCAGUCUUCCGUCGUCUCCCAACCCUCCCCUGCCACCCUCAAGAGGACAAAACCGACUGUCGCUCCCAAACCGUGCAUUCCCAAAUCCACAGCCUCGUCUCCCCCUGUUUCACCCCCGCCGCCCAAACCCGGUGAACCCCUUAUCCUAUCUCAGGAAGCUUUGGGAGAUAGCCUCUCGCUUCUCAACUCCAGGAAUGGGAUUUUAUCAGAAGCGAACAAACGUGACUCGGAUUACAUCAUUCCCACCUGCUCGUGUGGGCUGCAGGACUGUUCCCAGUGCCAGCGUCUCGAAAACGGAAACAGAACUGAGUUUGGAAGCAAUUUGCAAAAAGGGCCGUUGCAAAAUGGGAUUUCUGCGGACGGGACAAGGCAGCAAGAGAAAGCAGAGAAUUGGGAGGAGGGAGUAGCUGUGGAGAAGGGUGAAGGUGGAGGGAUUAGCAGAAAGACGAGGGAUAAACCUCAAAGACAGAGACACCUGGACAGGGUGAACAAAGAGGAGCAGAGAGCUUCAGAGACUUUAAAACACCAGGAAAGUGCUGCUGCUGAUCCUGAUGUUUCUAAAGCGGAUGUACACAUUGAGACCCAACGCAGAGAUGUAACAGACUUUAAGUUGGCCUGUGAUGUUGCAGGCAGCAUCAUUUUCUCCCCCGGCGUCGUUUCUCAUGCUUCCUCUGCAGAGUCCUUUCAGGUAGACUGCAGUGAGCCUUUCAGCAAAUCAUCUCCUACCAGGAUACACCCUGAUCUGCAGGUCCCUGCUGCCCCCAGUAAGCCUCUCCCGGUCCCUCAGCCACGCAGACUUAAGAAGCCAGCCCUGGUGAGGCAGGAUGGCGUGGAGGGCAGUGCCCAGGAUCAGGUGACGGAGGAACAGAAACAAGGGCUUGACUUACAAGAAGAUGAGGGUAAACUGAGUCUAGCUGGUCUGUCUCUCAGUUUGGACGGCGAAGAGCUCAAACAGGACACAUGUGACGACCUUUUACCCCAAAAAGACUCAGGUUUGGAGGAUGAUGAGAAAGACGCACCCGUCCCCCCUCCUCGACAGACCUCCCUGUCACCUCGCCUUCACAGAACAUCGCACAUGCCCCCGUCUCUUAACAAAAACACCUCCCACUCCUUAGUGCAGCUCUCACAUGCUGACUCAGUGAGCCACAAGAAAGAUGGCGAGGAGCACCAGGUGGAGGAGGAUGAAGAGGACGGGUACGGCGACUUUGAGCGCUACCCGAUCACCCACAGCCUCCCAAAGCAGCUCAAACUCGGCUGUCAUCCUCUGGUUAACGUGAGGAAAGCCUUUUCCACCGAGGAUCAGCAGUCACCGAGGGCGCCGCCCAGGAAACCUCAGCGACACAGCCUCCCAGCGCCCCCUCUGCCUUCCAUCUGCCCCCCUGCACCUCCACAUGCUAACACCCCGAUGAGAGAGCUGCCUGCGCCUCCUCAGGAGAAGGCAGCCUGGCGUUUCACCCGACCCUGCGUGACCUUCUUCAGCCGGCAGAUGCCCACCAGGAGCAGCGUGCCGCCAAAGGGUCGAGCUCCAGCGCUGGGGGGGAAGCAGAGGGCGCAGUCCUUCUCUGCAGCUGACCUGGCAACCCGGGCCGACUCUCAGAAGAGGAGCCUCUCUUUCCGGAAGCUGCUGGAGCUCCGGCUGUCUGUCAAGAUGCUGCCAAAGCUGCUGGCCAAGGGAGGGCAGUCCCUGGACUGUACCAGCGUGGAGUCGAACCGGGGGGAGAGAAGCCUGGAGCGGCCCAAUAGCUGCAUAGUGGAGUCUGAUAUCUGUGGUGAAAACGGAGAUGGGUCAGUGGAGUACGAGAACGUGCCUUUGUAUGAGGAGAUCCCCGAGUACAUGAACCUGCCGUUUCACAGUGGGAGGCUGGGCUGGUCACAUGACCACGAUGAAGACGAUUCAGACAUCUAUGAGGUGCAGGAUCCCUAUCACAGGUGUCACGACCACGAGUACGAGAGUGACUGGCUGGGGCAGGACGUCCACUCUGAGGAGGAGGAGAUCCACAGUUCAGAUGAAGAGGACAACAGCUCCGCCUCCAGUAAGGAACACCUGGACGAGGCGGGCCGACAGCAGGAGGAUGAGAUGAAGAGGAAGAAGGUGGUGCACAUCGCCCAGGAGAUUAUGAGCUCCGAGAAAGUGUUUGUGGACGUCCUGAAGCUCCUUCACAUAGACUUUCGGGAUGCUGUUGCCAAGGCAACCCGUCAGAAUGGGAAGCCGGUGGUGGAUGAGCGGAUCCUCAGUCAGAUCCUGUAUUACCUGCCACAACUCUAUCAGCUCAACAGAGACCUGCUGAGGGAGCUGGAGGACAGAGUGGCACACUGGAGCGAUCACCAGAGACUGUCGGACAUCUUUGUCCAAAAGGGUCCUUAUCUGAAGAUGUACUCCACCUACAUCCGGCAGUUUGACAACAACGUGGCUCUGUUAGAUGAACAGUGCAGGAAAAACACCGCAUUCGCCGCUGUUGUCAGAGAGUUUGAGACGAGUCCAAGAUGUGCCAGCCUGGCUCUGAAACACUACCUGUUGAAACCAGUGCAGAGGAUCCCUCAGUACCAGCUGCUGCUCACAGAUUAUCUGAAGAACCUCCCAGAGGACUCAGAGGACUAUAAAGACACACAAGCUGCCCUCAGCAUCGUGAAAGAAGUGGCCAACCAUGCUAAUGACAUCAUGAAACAAGGGGAUAACUUCCAGAAGCUGAUGCAGAUCCAGUACAGUCUCAACGGUCACCAUGAGAUCGUUCAGCCAGGCAGGGUGUUUCUGAAGGAGGGAACUCUGAUGAAGCUGUCCAGGAAAGUCAUGCAGCCGCGGAUGUUCUUCCUGUUUAACGAUGCACUCAUGUACACCACUCCGGUCCAGUCUGCCCAGUAUAAACUCAACAGUGUCCUCUCUCUGGCUGGGAUGAAGGUGAGUAAGCCCAGCCAGGAGGCCUAUCAGAACGAGCUGAACAUCGAAAGCGUUGAGCGCUCUUUCAUCCUGUCUGCCAGCUCGGCGACGGAGAGAGACGAGUGGCUGGAGGCCAUCGCUAAGGCGAUAGACGACUACACAAAGAAGAAAAUAACCUUCAUAUCAAGUCGAAGCCAGGAGGAGGCGGAGGGUGUUGUCGACAGCGGGGCCCCGUUGGGUUCAAAGGCGCCCAUCUGGAUCCCAGACAUGAGGGCCACCAUGUGCAUGAUCUGCACCUGCGAGUUCACGCUCACCUGGAGGAGGCAUCACUGUCGCGCCUGUGGCAGGGUGGUGUGUCAGGCGUGCUCUGCCAAUAAGUACUACCUGGAGUACUUGAAGAACCAGCCGGCACGUGUGUGUGAUCACUGCUUUGCCAAGCUGCAGGAGAACAGUGACCGCUGCGCCUCCACAUCAGUCUCUCCUAUCAAAUCUGGAGCUUUCUCCUUCACCAGGAAACAGAAGAAGAUUCCUGCUGCACUAAAAGAGGUGUCAGCUAAUACUGAGAACUCCUCCAUGAGCGGCUACUUAAACCGGUCAAAAGGCAACAAGAAGCAGUGGAAGAGGCUGUGGUUUGUCAUCAAGAAUAAAGUCCUGUACACCUACGCUGCCAGUGAGGACGUCGCAGCAUUGGAGAGUCAGCCCUUGCUGGGUUUUUUCCUGAGGGAGGAGAAGAACGGUCCAGCUCAGAAGCUGCAGUUCAAGCUGUAUCACAAAAACACGCUGUUUUACAUCUUUAAAGCUGACGACAUCCCCACUGCACAGAGAUGGAUAGAAGCCUUCCAGGAGGCGAUGAUUCUCGAACAGUAACUUGGUUUUACAGCAGUGACGUCGCAUCACAGCCCCGGAGCCAGUUGACAGACAACUCACGACCCCUGACUGAUCUCAGGUCGGCGGUCACCAGCUCAGGAAGGACUCCGGAUGGACUGUUUACUUCAAACAGAGCCCUGCUGCAGAGCGCCACAUCCCUGUGUGUGGAGGACAACCAGACUGCUUCUCCCUCAAAGAACUGGAUUCUGUUUCUCUAAACUGAUUUUCUGCCAACAGCAUCUCCUGCUGACGCUGAGCAGAGGUCAGAGUUAAAACAUUUGUUGCAGCCGUGGGUCAAAGUUCAAGUCCAGAAGCAUGUGUGUGGAAGUGUGACAGAACAGAUUUCAGGAAUAUUUAAAGCCCUCGGAAAUCCAAGGAAGUCUGGGAAUUAUUUUUAACUGCAAAAGGAUGAAGGAAUUACUUUUCUGUGUGAAACAAAAUACGCGAAACUGUCUGCCUUCAUUCGAGCAUGUUGUAGUUUAAAACCUACACUUUGAUAUUAAAAACACACACACACACACACACACACAUUAUGAAUAUUAACCUGGUGAGAUGUUUCACCUGAAUCAUGGAUGCAAAGUGUCGCCGAUGUCAGUGCAAGAGUUUAAAGAUGCAACAAGGUGGGAUUUAACUGUGAAAAUCCAGCUUCUACAGAGAAACAGGAAGUUGACGUUCUGCUCUUUAGGUCGAUCUCUCUGGUUUAGAGAUUUUACUCCUUUAUUUUUUAAAAUUUAACACACAAACAUUUAAAUGAUGGGUUCAAGAAACAUCCUGGAGAAAACUGGAAAUAUCAUGAAUAAUGUAGAUAUUUUUCAUACAAUUAAAAUGUAUUUUUUUGCCUGUUUUGCCACAUUAGAAAUGGUUAAUGGGUAAAACUGUGUAUAUGGACAUGACAGAGCAACAUUGACCUUUUUUAUAUCAAAGCCGAGAGCUAAUAUUUAUAAAAUAGGAAGCUUUAUUGUUUGAGAAGCACAGGCUGCCGCUUAUUUUGGGAGUCAGGGUUUGUUGGGAAAUAUGUUUCCAUCGGUUAUUCUUUUAAAUUUAAAAGAGAACGUACAAGAAAAAGGGGAUUUUUUUUUUAUGGGCAAAUACUGUGGAGAGUAUACGUGAACUAUAUUUCUGAGGAAAUGCUCAAAAGAGAGGAAACAUUUUGGAUUUUGAUGCUUGUUUUUGCAGACGUUGUGCCUUAUAUCUCCUGUUUUUGAGAUGCAAUAAUAUAGCUGCUCUGUUUCUACACUAAAUAACACUUACAGUUUGACUACUCGCUGUCUGGCCAGGAUACUCGAGGUUUGCAGUUUUAACAACCGUCAUUUUUCAGGUCAGUUUCUUCUUGGUUAGAUCGCCAUGUGUUGCACUACCCCGUUCCACAGUGGGAGAAUCCAAACCCUGUCUUUUUUAGUGAAGGAAUAAAACUUUUAGCUCAUUGGCUGCUGUCAUCAAACAGUUUCACAUGUGCCUCAUUCCGAUCUGUGUUAGCGAGGAGCUACCAGGCAUGUUCUCCAUGAUUGUACAUUAACAGCAACCAUCUGUAAACAUCUACUCUAUCAGAAUUAGAGUCUCCUAUAAACAACGAUUCUAAACUGUCAGGCAACAGUUUUUAAUAAAA